AUGAUUGACUUGCGGAUCGACGGCACCUCCGUCUGGAUUGCAGCCGUGGCUGCUGCAGUCGCAGUCGUGCUGCUGCUCUUCAAGCAGAAAUCGCGCGGCAUCACCGACACGGCAUCGCUGCAGCGCCCGCCACUCGUCGAUGAAUCGCCAGAAACGGGCGUGCCGGACCAGGGCAACGUGCGCGACAACUGGCUGGCUCGCCGCAAACGCUACGGCAACGUCUUCCGCAUGGUGGAGCCGACGGGUGGCUCGGGCGUCUACGUCGGCGACGCACUCGCCCUCAAGGAUGUCAUCGAGCAGCCCGAACACUUCGACAUCGGCCCGCUCCACAUCUUUGCCGCUCCCAUGUGGGGCAUCUCGGAAACAACCGGCAACUGGCUCGCUCGCGAGGGUGGCGGGAUCAACGUCAAGCACUCGUCGCACCUCUUCUCCGGCUCCCGCCUCGCGUCGCUCCAGCAGCGUUUCGUCGACGCCGUCCAGAGGCAAUUCGAGCGCAUGCAGCCCGGCGCCACCUCCGACCUCUUCCAGCAGCUCCGCGUGUGCUUCUUCCAGUCCACCGUCGAGGCGCUCUUCACAAAGUCGUUCCCCGAGGGUCAGUAUGCCUCGUUCUGCAUCUGGGACGCCGAGCUCAACGCCUUCUCCCGCGGCUGCCCUCCUCCCGAAGCGCUCACCGCGCGGGACAGCUUCUUCAACAUUGUGCUCCAGCAGAUCGACGAGCAUCUGUCCGAGUGCUCGCUCCAGGUGCGCGAACUCAUGGCCGACCUCGAGCAAAAGCAUGGCGUCUCGCACCGCGAUGCCGUCGCCAUCUGUGUGCGCACCACCUGGCUCGGAUCCACCCAGUCGCCUCUUUCGGGCGCCUGGAUCAUCAGCCUCCUCCUUCAGCAGCCCAACAUGGUCCAGCGUCUCCGCACCGAGAUCGACACCUUCAGGAAGUCGACUGGCGCGCCCAAGACCGUCGGCGAGAUCGCUGCCAACCCGGACCUGCUCAAGGGCGACAACCUGCCGUUGCUGGAUAACAUUGUCAACGAAGUCCUGCGCGUGUACAGUGCGCAGAACGUGCCGCGCUUCUGCCUGCAGGACGCUGUCGUUCGCACCCUCGGCCCCAACAACACCAUCGUGCCCAUGCAGCUCAAGCAGGGCGACGUGCUCCAGCUCCUCUUUUGGAACGUCCACGACAGCCAGCACAACCCGCAGUGGUGGCCCGAGCAACAGGGCAAGGGCAUCAAGUAUAACGGCGCUCUUGAGCCGUUUGACGAGACGCGCUUCGAGACAGACCGACGUCCGGCUCCGUUCAAGAUCGGUGGCGAGACGGUGCGCACCUGGACGCCGUUUGGAUUCGGCAUGCGCGUGUGUCCCGGUCGCUACUGGGCAGUGGCGGAGAUCAAGGCCUUCUGCUUGCUCUUCCUCGACCGCUUCGACGUCUCCUCGGCAGGUCCCAUGCCGCGUCCGGAUCCACAGCGCUGGAUCGGCGUCCUCAACGUGCUUGACCCGCUGCCCGCCACCGUCUCGCUGCGCGCGUAA